AUUUGGGGAUAAGAGCAGAGUUCAAGGAAUCAAGGGCUCAGACUCCCUUUAUUUCCCUUUCCUCUCCACACCAUGAGGGGACGUGAACUGCCCAAUCCAGUCUGGAUUCUGCUUCUUCUGCUCCUUCCCAGAGAUGCCUCAGCUACUUCAAAACCGCAGUACCUGGUGGUGGUCCCAUCACAGCUGUACAGUGGAGUUCCUGAGAAGGCCUGUGUCAUGCUUAAUCACCUGAAUGAGACAGUGACACUGGACAUAAUUCUGGAGUAUGGAAUACACAACAAGUCCCUCCUCUCAGACCUGGUGACAGAGAAGAACUCCUUCUACUGCAGCCCCUUCACUAUUCCAGAGUUGCCAACUUCCUCAGUAUUCAUUACUGUGAAGGUGAAAGGACCGACCCAGGAGUUCAAAAAGAGGAAGGCAAUGGAAGUAAUGAAAGUAGAGAGCCUAGUCUUUGUCCAGACAGACAAACCUACCUACAAACCGGGACAAACAGUGAGAUUCCGCAUUGUCUCUGUGGAUAUCAGUUUUCUCCCUUUGAAUGAAACGUUCCCAGUGGUUUAUAUUGAGAAUCCUAAGAGGAACCGAAUUUUCCAAUGGCAAAGUCUCUCAUUGAAAGGGGGACUCAACCAGCUCUCCUUCCCACUCUCAGUGGAGCCCACUCUGGGUACCUACAAAGUCAUUGUGCAGAAGGCGUCAGGGAGUAAAAUAGAGCAUUCCUUUCAGGUGGAUGAAUAUGUUUUGCCCAAAUUUGAGGUCCAACUGAAAAUGCCCAAGGUUAUUGGUUUUCUAGAUGAAACACUUGAGGUAUCUGCAUGUGGCCUGUACACAUAUGGAAAGCCUGUUCCUGGACUGGUGACAAUUAAUGUAUGCAGAAAAUAUUCACAAUCCUAUUCCUCCUGUCAGGGAAGGUAUCCAGAAAGUAUCUGUGAAGAAUUCAGUCAACAGGCAGACAGCAAAGGCUGUUUCACACAACUUGUAAAGACUAAAGUAUUUCAGCUGACACAAAGAGGGUAUGGCAUGGAGUUAGAAGUGGAAGCCAAGAUCAGAGAGGAGGGAACAGGGUUGGAAUUAACUGGGCAUGGAUUAUGUACCAUCACAAAUGUCUUAAGCAAUCUGGUAUUUGUAAAAGUAGAUUCAUAUUAUAGACGUGGGCUCCCUUUCUUUGGACAGGUUCUUCUAGUUGAUGAGAAGGGUCAGCCACUCCCCAAUAAAACUCUGGCUGUCUUUUGGGGUCAGCCUGCAUUCCGUUCCCACUUUACUACGAAUGAGCAUGGUUUGGCGAACAUUUUCAUUGAUACCACCAAUGUUACGUCUUCUUCGAUGAUAGUUACAGUCACUUACAAAGAAACUUACAAUUGUUUUACUAACCGGUGGCUUGAAGAAUCUCAUUUACAAGCACAGCACACUGCACAUCAUGUUUUUUCUCCAAGCAAGAGUUAUGUUCACCUUGAACUUGUUACUGGUACCAUAGCCUGUGGGAAAACCCAAGAGAUCCGGGCACACUACAUUCUGAAUGAACAGAUUCUCAAAGAUGAAAAAAAGUUAACCUUCUAUUAUUUGAUUAAAGCAAGAGAAAGCAUAUCCCAAUCAGGAAUCCAUGUGUUGUCCGUUGAACAAGGGGAUAUGAAGGGAGUAUUUUCCUUCUCCUUUCAAGUGGAGUCAGAUAUUGCUCCUACUGCCCAGUUGCUUGUUUAUACUAUUUUACCUAAUGGAGAAGUUGUUGCAGAUACACAGAACCUUGAGAUUGAAAACUGUUUUGCCAAUAAGGUAAAUUUGGGCUUCUCCUCAGCCCAGAGCCUGCCAGGCUCAGACACCAACCUGAAGAUCGCUGCCACUCCUCAUUCUCUGUGUGCCCUUCGUGCAAUAGACCACAGUAUACUGCUCAUGAAGCCUGAAGCUGAGCUCUCACCUCAAUCAGUUUAUAAUCUGUUACCAAAGAACACCUUUAAUGCUCAAUACAGAUAUAACAUGAAUGAAGACACUGAGGGAUGCAUAAUUGCAGAAGACAUAACUCACAAUGGAAUCAUUUACACUCCAAAGCAGGACCUGAAUGUCAACGAUGUUUACAGUAUCUUUCAGUCUGCAGGAUUAAAUAUUUUUACCAACUCAAAAAUCCACAAGCCAUAUUUAUGUCAGCUGCCUGUACAAUCUAGCCGUCUUCUUGUGCCUGGUGCAGCUGGUUUAGGGGCUCCAAUGAGCGCUCCUGUAGCAUAUUAUCAUGAAAGUUAUCCACUGAUGAUGAGCGCGGCCCCUCUAGCUGUGGGCGUAAAAGAGACAGUCCGGAAGUACUUCCCAGAGACCUGGAUCUGGGACUUGGUGUCACUUGAUUCAUCAGGUAACAGUGAGCUGGAAAUAAAGGUCCCUGACACCAUCACCAAGUGGAAGGCCAGUGCGCUCUGCUUGUCUGGAAAAACUGGGCUUGGCCUCUCCCCUGUCGUCUCUCUUCAAGUCUUCCAGCCCUUCUUCCUAGAACUCACUCUCCCCUACUCUGUGGUGCGAGGAGAAGCCUUUAUACUCAAAGCCACUGUGUUCAACUACUUGUCCUACUGCAUCUGGGUCAGCAUAGAGCUGGAGGACUCUCCUGCCUUCUUGGCUGUUCCAGUAGAGAAGAAUGAAGAAUCUCACUGUAUUUGUGGAGAUGGGAGGAAAACUGUAUCCUGGGCUGUAACCCUCAAGUCACUGGGAAAGGUGAAUUUCACAGCGACUGCAGAAGCCCUGCAGUCUCCGCAAUCGUGCGGUAAUGAGAUGCCUCAAGUCCCAGCACUUGGACGCAAGGACACUGUAGUCAAGCCCUUAUUAGUAGAGCCUGAGGGAAUAGAAAAGGAGGAAACUUUCAACUCACUCCUCUGUGCAACAGAAACUGGAGUACAUGAAAAGCUGUCACUAAAAGUUCCUUCAAAUGUGGUUGAAGGAUCUGCCAGGGCAACAUACUCAGUUUUGGGUGAUAUACUAGGCUCUGCAAUGCAUAAUCUUCAGAAUCUUCUCCAGAUGCCCUAUGGUUGUGGAGAACAGAACAUGGUCCUUUUUGUCCCUAACAUCUAUGUUUUGAACUAUCUGAAUGAGACACGACAGCUGACAGAAAAGAUCAAGUCCAAAGCCGUUAGCCACCUCAUUAGUGGGUAUCAAAGACAGUUGAAUUAUAAGCACAACGAUGGUUCAUACAGCACUUUUGGGGAUCGUGGUGGUACAAGCCAGGGAAACACUUGGCUCACUGCGUUUGUGCUUAAGUCCUUUUCUCAAGCUCGGUCAUACAUCUUUGUGGAAGACUCACACAUCACGAAUUCCCUUACCUGGCUCUCACAGAAGCAAAGGGAAAAUGGCUGUUUCCAACACUCUGGAUCACUGCUAAACAAUGCUAUGAAGGGUGGAGUAGAUGAUGAGGUGACACUCUCUGCCUACAUCACCAUUGCUCUGCUGGAGAUGCCACUGCCUGUCACUCACCCAAUUGUCCGCAAUGCUCUAUUCUGCCUGGAAAGUGCAUGGGCAUCCACUUCAGAAGCCCAAGGAAGUCUUGUCUAUACCAAGGCAUUAUUGGCCUAUGCCUUUGCCCUGGCAGGAAACCAGGCCAAGCGAAAUGAGCUGCUUCAAUCACUGGACAAAGAGGCUGUAAAAGAAGAGGACUCAAUCCACUUGCAACGUCCUGGGAAACUUCAAGAAGCUAAGACAUUCUAUUAUCAACCCCGGGCUCCUUCUGCUGAAGUUGAGAUGACAUCUUACUUGCUCCUUGCCUAUCUUACCUCCCAGCCUGCCCCGUCUUCAGAGGACCUGUCUGUAGCCUCUCGUAUUGUGAAAUGGAUAACCAAGCAACAAAACCCCAAUGGAGGCUUCUCCUCUACUCAGGAUACAGUGGUAGCUCUUCAAGCCCUCUCCAAAUAUGGAGCAGCAACUUUCACGAAAAUGGAGAAAGCAGCUACAGUCACCAUCAAGUCUUCAAAGACCUUCUCAGAAGAACUUCAAGUAGACGAUGCCCAUCGCCUAUUGCUGCAGGAGGUUGCAUUACCAGAGAUUCCAGGGGAGUACAGCACAACUGUGGCCGGGUCAGGAUGUGUGUACCUCCAGACAUCCCUGAGAUACAAUGUCCUACCCAAGAAAGACGAGAAAGCUCCCUUCGCUCUGAAUGUUGAUGUUCUCCCCAAGAACUGCGAUGGACUACAUGCUGACAGGAAAUUCCAGAUUCACAUCAACGUUAGUUAUACUGGAGAACGACCCAGUUCCAACAUGGUUAUUGUUGAUGUAAAGAUGGUAUCUGGCUUCAUACCUGUGAAACCAUCAGUGAAAAAGCUCCAAGAAAGGCCACAGAUUCAAAGGACUGAAGUGAGCACCAACCAUGUCCUGAUUUACUUUGAAGAGCUAACCAAACAAGCCCUGAAUUUUUCCUUCUCAGUGGAACAAGAUAUCAAAGUAGAGAAUUUAAAACCAGCUACAGUAAAAGCCUAUGAUUAUUAUGAGACAGAUGAAUUCACCAUUGAAGAGUACAGUGCUCCCUGCAGUGCUGAAUCUGAACUUGGAAAUGCUUGAAGAUGUAAACUUAUGGACCUCAUCAAGUGAACUUCUCCAAAAAUGAAGAACAAAGACUUAUCAGGAGAGAAGACAGUGGGUGAAAAGGCAGAAAUUGGAAAUAGAUAAGAUUAGUAUGUUGAAUAAAUUUAUGACAUUUACAACUCUGUUUUUUCUUUUAUUCUUUAUCAGUGUUAUAUUUCCCUUCUGAAAUGUGUUUCUAUUCCCCAUAUUGUUUUUAAAAACACUAAGAUAUUAUACAAAGAGGUGCAUUCAAAAACACUAAAGAUAAAGUGGGGUUGCAAAAAAUGUCCAAGUAACCCACAAGAAGGUAGAAAAACAAUGUUUCAAAGUAUUAAAACAACUAAAAUGCCCUUCAACAGAUGAAUGGUUAAACUAACUGUGGUACAUCUAUACCACAAAAUACUACUCAUCAAUAAAAAGGAGCAAACUAUUGAUAUACACACUUGGGUGGAUCUCUAAAAGAUUAUGCUAAGUGAAAUUAAAGCCAAUUUCAAAAAGGUAUACUGUAUAAUUCCUUUUAUAUAACAUUCUUGAAAUGACAAUAUUACAGAAAUGGAAAACAAAUCAGUGAUUUCCAGGGGUUCUAAAUAAUAGAGCGAGCGUGAAGGGUGUGCAUAUAAAGGGAUUGCAUUAGAGAUCUUUGUGGUAAUAAAAUCCUGCAUAUGUGAGAAAUUUCGAUUCAAGUUUUUACAUUCAAUUCCCUCUCAAAUUAUUUUGUUGUCUAUUAUGUGAUAAGCAUCUAAAUGGACUUCUUUUUCUCAUGUAACUUUCUAAUAAUCCCAUUAUCAUUUAUUGACCAAUUAUAUAUUUGUUCCCUGCUACUAAAAAGUGCCUCUUUCAUCACACAUUAAACUAU